AUGAAGCAGAUGUGGACACAGUUAGGUUCAUUCAUGGCCACCUGCAUGUUCUUGUAUACCAUAUUUAUGCGGUUAUUUCCCCCUCCUGUUCGUGCUCAUGUUCGAAAGUACAUUCACAAAUUCACCAGAUUCGUGUAUCCUUAUAUCAUAAUCACAGUCCAUGAAUUCACAGGUGAACAACUCAUGAGAAGUGAAGCUUACACUGCCAUCCAAACCUACCUUAGUGAACACUCUUCCCAAGGAGCCUCAAGACUCAAAGCUGAAGUUGUCAAAGACAGCAACACCCCAUUGGUUCUUAGCAUGGAUGAUAAUGAAGAGAUCAUACAAGAGUUUCAAGGUGUUAAACUUUGGUGGGCUUCACACAAGUCCACCCCCAAAACACCAAAAUUCUCUAUUUACCCUGCUUCAGAUGAGAAAAAGUACUACAAGCUCACCUUUCACAAGCGUUAUAGAGAAUUAAUCACUGAGUGUUACCUCAAACAUGUCUUGGAAGAAGCCAGGGUUAUUGAGAUGAAGAACAGGCAGCUGAAAAUGUACACAAACAAUAAGACAAAGUGGAGUCAUGUGAUUUUUGAGCAUCCUGCUACAUUUGAAACACUAGCACUCAACCCAAAGAAGAAGGAGGAUAUUAUCAAUGACCUUGUUAAGUUCAAACUGGGAAAAACUUACUAUGCUAAGAUUGGGAAGGCUUGGAAGAGAGGGUAUUUAUUAUAUGGUCCUCCAGGUACUGGGAAAUCUACCAUGAUAGCUGCCAUGGCUAAUUUCAUGAACUAUGAUGUGUAUGAUCUUGAAUUGACUGCGGUGAAGGACAACUCUGAUCUGAGACAACUACUGAUCAACACGCCGGGUAAGUCAAUUAUAGUUAUUGAAGACAUUGAUUGCUCACUUGAUCUUACUGGCCAAAGGAAGAAGAAAAAAGAAAGAUUGGAAGGUAAAGAAGAUUGUGAUGAUAAAGGGAGCAAAGUAACUCUUUCUGGGUUAUUGAAUGUUAUAGAUGGGAUUUGGUCAGCAUGUGGGGGAGAGAGGAUCAUGGUUUUCACAACUAAUUUUGUGAAAAAACUUGACCCUGCUUUGAUUAGGAGAGGAAGGAUGGAUAUGCACAUAGAAUUGACCUAUUGUUGCUAUGAAGCAUUUAAGGUGCUUGCAAAGAAUUACUUGGAUAUUGAGUCCCACCAUUUGUUUCCUAGAAUUAAGAACUUGUUGGAAGAGACAAAGAUGACCCCUGCUGCUGUUGCUGAGAACCUGAUGCCAAAGUCACUGAAUGAAGAAGUGGACACUUGUUUGCAGAACUUGAUUCAAGCUCUUGAGACGUCCAAGGAAGUUACAAAGAAAGCAGAGGAGAAAGCAAGAAAGAAGGCAGAGGAAAAUGGAGUUUCCAAAAAGACAGAAGAAGAUUGA